UAAAUGUAUUUUGAUUUAUCUAAUUUUGAACUAUGUUUAUAGGAACUUGGAUCAACUUGAGGUGUUAUCAAAGAAAUAGAAGAAGCUUAAUCAAAGACUAUAAGAGCCAAGGCGUCUUCACAAUCCAUUGCUGCAACUAGACUGUUUAGGCAAGCAGACAGGGAUGUCUGGACGAGACAAGGAUAAGGGUAAGGCUCAUGUUGUAGAUCAUGGGAAGCCGAAGAAAAAGAAGAAUGGAAGAAUAGAUGUUUCCUCAGACCCUACCAGACAGUGGGUUCGGCCGACGGGGAUUACCUUCCGUAACAUUGAUGAACGGACUGGUACUCCUAUUCCUACUGCUACUACUCCACCUCCUUACCCCACUCCAUUCCCGACUAUUCCUCCCGCACCAUUCCCGCCUAUUCUUCCCGCAUCAUUUCCAGCAGCUACUACUAGUCAUGCUACUACUAGCCAGCCCCCCAUAUAUUCUAGUCCUGGUUUUGCCAUGCCUGGAUUUACUCCGCCAUCGACACACUCGCCAAAUUACAACACCACCCGGUCUAAUGUCCGACAAGGCUUUAACACAUCCGUUCCAUCACAAUCAUCAACGGAACUGAUGCAAGAUCUUAUGCAAACUGGAAAUUUCCUAGCCUUACUUGCUGAUCAACGGCCUCCACAACAACAGCAACAACAACAACAAAACAACCAAAAUGAAGAGGUACCGUCUGGGGCUGAUCAAAGACGACGACAACGACGUCAAAUCAUUGAAAACUGGGAGUAUGUGGAUAACCUUGUUGUGGUUACACCAACACCUGAAACGUUAGAGCCAUCCCACGGAGUAUCAGAACAUAUUAGAAUGGCGAUCCAGACGUUUUACCCUAAAGAUAGGCGUUGGGCCGUAUAUUCAGAUCUUACUACCGAUGACAGGAACGACCUUUUUAAAUACUUUUCGGAUUUUUGUAGAUGGGAACCUCAUCAUCACACUCUUGUAGAGAGAAACUUUCAUAGGGUAGCUGCAAGACGUUUAUCAGAUUUGUUAUAUGAUGAACGGCAGGAAUUGAAAAAACGUAAGGGCAAUUAUCGUACACAAUGGAUCGGAGAGAAAAGCUGGGAGUUAUUGCUGAAGUAUUGGAAUGAAGAUCCACAUUUUAAGAAUCGGUCCAAAGCUAACAAGGUGAAUAGGGCAUCUAUUGUAGGAGGGCAGUUGCACACACAAGGUUCUGUCAGUACCGCUACCUAUGCUAGAGAUUUGCGAAAUAGAUUGGGUAGAGUUCCUUAUCCGGAAGAGAUCCAUGAUGUAACUCGUUUCAGUCAGAAUCUUGGUCGGUAUGUUGAUGCUCGAGCUAGCAAUACCCAGGCAGCUUAUCGCACGAAUGCAGCGGAGUUUUUGAAGGAGAAUCUUGAGAUUCCAUCGUAUCCGGAAAUUCCCUUCCCCAUUAAACUUCAAUUAUGGGCGAAGGCUGCAAAAAAAGGAAGACCGGAUGGAGGAAAAGAAAGGGGUAGAAUGUACGGUCUUGGGCCAUUUGCCGGCAAUGUGGUACAUGGAGAUUUGUUCUAUGUUCCUCCUCCACCAGAGUCCUCAUCUCGUUCUACAGAGCUACCUCUUGAGAUGCAAGCAAUGAUACAACGAAUGAACCAGGAGUUGCAAUCUCAAAAGGAGGCGUUGGCAAAGAAAGAAGAAUCGGAGAAUGAGUUAAGGAAAUUGCUGGCCAAACAGGCAGAGGAAAUGAGAAAACUCAAAAGGAUGGUUACAAAAAGGAUGGGUGGCAUGAAGUGUAGGAAAACAUCGGAAUCAUCGUCGCCAUCGAGUCAAUCAUCACCGUCGGUUCAAGAAGACCGAACAUAUGACGACGACAAUGAUGAUGAUGAUGAUCAUGAUGAUGAGGACGAGGACGAGGAUGAGGACGAGGACGAGGACGAGGAGAGGGAUGAUGAUCAUAACGAGUAA